AUGGCGACCAAGGCGCUAGAAGCACAUUUCAGGGACUUGUCUGUUCAGGAUGAGAAUAGCGGAUACAACAAAAUCGAUCCACAUCAGAAGUCCAAGGCAAGUUCGCUCCGUGACGCCCUUGUAAUAUGUGUUGAGUGCACAGCUGCUGACAGGGAGCAGAUUGCAUCCGCCAGCACCCAUCCAUCGGACAAAACCCGACCAACAAAAGGCCCAAAGGCUGAGAUCUAUAAACAAAAUUGCACAAUUACCGAGCCUGUCACCCCUCAAGCGGCUCAAGAAAAUGGUGGAAGAACUCUCCGGCGAACUCGAAAGCCCCUCUCGGUCAUUUCGACGCAGAAGCCAGGUGAAGGAACUAUCACAACCGUCAAUCAUGCCAUCUCUCAAGUGCCUCAAUCCAAAUACCUACAAUCUCCUUCCCGAGGUCGACAUCCCCUGUCUAUUGUUGUGUCCCAAAAGCCAGACGCAGCGUCCGAGGUAGAAAAACAACCUAAUUCUCGUGAUGUCGAGGGACAAAGCCCGACCAGCCAUCGUCUCGCUCCCCAAGUCGCCGAAACAAAAGGCGGACGAGCUCUUUCCCGAUCUCGAAACACCCCUUUUGCUGCUUCGUCAGAGACACCCGAUCCAGUGGUGAAGGCAGAGGAACCUUCUCCAAAUCUUAUUAAACAACCGGUCCCUAAGGUGUUCCAUCUAGGCAUGUUCGAGGUUGGCCGACCGCUGGGAAAGGGGAAGUUUGGACGAGUAUAUCUUGCGCGAGAACGACAGAGUGGGUUUGUUUGUGCGCUGAAGGUGCUACACAAGGAUGAGAUCCGACAAGGGAGGGUCGAGAAACAGGUGGCUCGUGAAAUCGAGAUCCAAAGCAACUUGCGCCAUCCCAACAUCCUGCAGUUAUACGGCCACUUUCACGAUCGGGAGCGAAUAAUCUUGAUUCUCGAGUAUGCCGGCAAAGGGGAAUUAUACAAGCACUUGCAGAAAGAGAACCGUUUUCCAGAGUGGAAGGCGGCCCACUACAUUGCCCAAAUGGCGAAUGCUUUGCAAUACUUGCAUCGCAAGCAUGUUAUUCACCGGGACAUUAAGCCGGAGAACAUUCUGGUCGGUCUUCACGGAGAGCUGAAGAUGUCAGAUUUUGGCUGGAGUGUCCAUGCGCCAAGUGGUCGUAGGCAGACGAUGUGUGGAACACUGGACUACUUGCCUCCUGAGAUGGUCGAUCCAAAGAAAAGCUCGAAGCCCUAUGAUGAGAAGGUGGAUCUAUGGGCCCUGGGAGUUUUGAUGUACGAGUUCCUGGUUGGAAGCGCGCCGUUCGAGGAUACACCGAUUAUGACCCAGCGGCGAAUCGCCAGGGGGGACAUGAGCAUUCCCUCUUUUGUCAGCCCUGAAGCCAAAGAUCUUAUCAAGAAGCUACUUCUCCUUGAUUCAGAUCUGAGAAUAUCUGUGGAUCAAAUUCGACAUCAUCCCUGGAUCAUCAAGCAUUGCGCAAACACCGGAAAACAAGAUAAGUCUUGA